AUGAGGAGAGUUUUCGGUGUUAAGAAACAAACAGAACCUCCUCCCUCCAUUCAAGACGCUUCCGAUCGGAUCAAUAAAAGAGGUGACACCGUUGAGGAGAAAAUCAAGAAGCUUGAUGCUGAACUUGCGAGAUACAAGGAACAGCUGAAGAAGACCCGGCCAGGUCCAGCUCAGGAAGCUGUAAAAGCUCGAGCAAUGAGGGUAUUGAAGCAGAAAAGAAUGUAUGAAGGUCAACGUGACAUGCUCUACAAUCAGACGUACAACCUAGAUCAAGUUUCAUUUGCUGCUGAAGGAAUCAAAGAUGCUCAGCAAACAAUGUCAGCUUUGAAGUCGGCAAACAAGGAAUUGAAAGGAAUGAUGAAGACAGUGAAGAUUAAUGAUAUAGAUAACCUGCAAGAUGAAAUGAUGGACCUGAUGGAUGUGAGCAAUGAAAUUCAAGAGACUCUUGGUAGAAGCUACAGCGUGCCAGAUGACAUUGAUGAAGAAGAACUCAUGGGUGAGCUUGAUGCUCUGGAAGCCGACAUGGACACUGAAGGCGAAGGUGUCCCUUCAUAUCUUCAACCUGAGCCCGCUUUGGAUGCAGAGCUUAGCCUACCAUCAGCACCAACAGGGCAUGCACCCAUGCCAGCUGGGAGAGCUAACCCGCAGGCUGAUGAUGAACUAGGAUUACCUGCUGUCCCUCGUGCAUCAAUUCGUGGUUAAAUAAAGGAGUGGGAUACUGUUGAUAACUUCUUUGGGAUCACUCUUUGUUUGUUGGGGAAAUCCUGGUGUAAACAUAGUGUGCAGAAUAUAUUUCAUUGCCAUUUCCAAAUGACUAGUGGUGAUUCAUUGUAAUAAUGGACAAAAUACUUGAUUGUAUUAUGCAAUUCGGUAUCUUAUCCUACAUCAACAAAGAAAAGAAAUCACAUUGCAACAUUUAGGACUUCGGAUUA